AAUUUUAGGGGUUUUUUGUGUUUGUUGUAUUGAUUUUCCUCUUCCUGCCUACUUUCCACCUGGUUUUUUUUUCCAGUUCAUAGAAUAAUUUUUUUGGACGAGAUGAUGGGAUUUCAACGAUACCCAUCUCGUAUUUUCCCCAUCUCUUAACUUAUCUCAAAAAAAUUUGUGGGUUUCUCUAAGAUUUGGUUUUUGUUUUUUGUGGUUUUGGUUUUCGGUUUUGUUUUUGUGAAUUGUAAAGGUCUUUUUUUUAAUGAGGGUUAGAAUGAUUAGGGAGAUGAGCAAAGAACUUCCACCUGAACCUCUUGAUUUCUUCAUUUGGACUGUUGAGGAUGUUGGUUUGUGGUUGGAAGAGAUCAAUCUAGGUAGUUACCGUCAGGUUUUUAAGGAAAAUGGUGUCAAUGGAGAAUAUUUGGAAGGCAUGUCUAUGUUUACUACUGAACAAAUUCUUCGAUUUAUUAGACGAUGUCACAUGAAAUGGGGAGAUUUCAUAACGUUAUGUAAGGAACUCAGACGAAUUAAAGUGGCCUGUUUAAAGGGGGAGCAAAAGGUUCGCAGGCCGUGGUGGGCUCCAUCAUGCCUCUCUGUAGUCUUUGUGAAGGUGGCGAAACGUAAUAGACAAUCACGGGUGGUUUCGUUGAAUUUGGAACCCUGAUGAAAGAAAAGAUCUGCUUAUCUGUAUGUAUUCAUAUUUUUCUUUUUUACUUAGAGAACAGAAAAAUAGGAGAACUUUUUGUCUUGAAUCUGUCAAGAUCACUGUUAGUUCUUCUUUGAAGAACUUUGGUGUAUUCUCAAGCUCUUUUAUGUAUUUAUUUCUUGGUGAUUUUGCUGUUGGAUGACUAUUUGGUAAAGAAAAGGCAUGAAGCAGUUGAGUUCC